GGCCCUUAGAAUAAGAUGGCCGCGGGAAGUUUUGCUUCCCGCCUCAGGGGCUCCCGGCGCUUUCUGAGUGUCUUCGUGGCCGGAGCUGUGGUGGGCGCCGCGGGAGGCGGGUUCACGGCCCUGCAGGUGCUCCGGAGUCAGGGCGCUGAGGCAGCGUUGGCGGUGAGGGAGCCCGACGGUUGUGCAGAAAAGGCUCUCUUGGAACAAUUUGGAGUCCCUUUAACUGGAACAGAGACUAGGCGUUACACUAAUCAUGCCUUGUCUUAUGAUCAGUCGAAGCGGGUGCCUAGAUGGGUACUUGAACAUAUAUCCAAAAGCAAGAUAAUGGGUGAUGCCGACAGAAAACAUUGUAAAUUUAAGCCUGAUCCCAACAUCCCUCCAACCUUCAGUGCCUUCAAUGAAGACUAUGUUGGGAGUGGGUGGUCACGAGGACACAUGGCUCCAGCAGGAAAUAACAAAUUUUCAUCUCAAGCCAUGGCUGAAACCUUUUACCUUUCUAAUAUUGUGCCUCAGAAUUUUGAUAAUAAUGCUGGAUAUUGGAACAGAAUGGAAAUGUACUGUCGAGAACUGACGGAGAGGUUUGAAGAUGUUUGGAUCGUAUCUGGACCGUUGACUUUACCUCAGACUGGAAGUGAUGGAAAGAAAACAGUUAGUUACCAGGUGAUCGGGGAGGAUAAUGUGGCGGUCCCCUCGCACCUUUAUAAGGUGAUCCUGGCUCGCAGAAGCCCAGUGUCCGCUGAACCACUGGCACUAGGGGCCUUCGUGGUGCCCAAUGAGGCCAUUGGCUUCCAACGCCAGUUAAGUGAAUUCCAAGUGAGUCUUCAGGACCUGGAGAAGUUAUCAGGACUGGUGUUUUUUCCUCAUUUGGAUAGAACUAGCGGUAUCAGGAAUAUCUGCUCUGUGGACACCUGUAAACUCCUGGAUUUCCAGGAGUUCACCCUGUACCUGAGCACGAGAAAGAUUGAGGGAGCCCGAUCAGUAUCCAGACUGGAAAAGGUCAUGGAAAAUUUGAAGAACGCAGGGAUUGAACCAGAUGAUUACUUCAUGAACCGCUAUAAGAAGAAACUAGAAGAACUCAAAGCUAAGGAGCAGUCAGGAAUCCUGGAGAGAAAGCCAUCUUAGUUGCCAUCUCAGAAGACGUGCGAGAGCAUCUCUAAUGAAGCAGAUGAGGAAACGGGAGACCAGACUCUGGACCACACAUUCCUGCCUCUGCCCGGGCAGAGCAACGGGAUGUGGCCGCGGCGCCCGGGGGCCUUGCUCCUUCAGAUAAUGAUGUCGAUAAGUAGAGCGUUUGUCGAGAGCUCCUUACCUACGGUGGCAGACAUUCCACCAAAGAAGGGACAAGGACCAAUCAGCCGUGAAGGGAUAUUCCACGUCAUCAGUCAUCAGGGAAAGGCAAAUUAAAAUUACAGGCUACACCCACUCCAAGGGCCAAAAUUAAAGAAAAGAAUAAGAAGACUGACAAUACCAAACGGUGGCGUGGAUAUGGAGUCGGGGCACCAGGAGCUCUCAGUUGCCGGUAGGGAUGAAAACCCGCGCACGCGCUUUGGGAAGCGUUUGCUAACGUGCAGAGUCAAACAUACGCUGAUCGUGGGACCCUGGGACUCAAUUUCUAGGGAUCUACCCAAGAGGUUAAAGAAAUGUGUCCACGCAAACACCCGUAUACGAAUGUUCAGAGCAACUUCAUUCACGACGACAAAACCUUGUAAACACCCCAAAUGUUUACACCAGCUAUUGAACGCAAAAUAAGUCGUGGCACAUCCAUGUAACGGAACGCCGUUCGCUGGAAAGGAGCUGACGACGCGAACAGCAUGGCCGAGGCUCACAUGCCCUGUGCUGGGUGGCAGCAGCCGGACACGACGGGGUACGUGCGGUAUUAUUCUUUUUGUACGAACUCUCCAGAGAAAGCAGAUCUGUAGGAACAGAAAGGAGCUCAGCGGUUGCCAGAGACGAGGGUGGGGGGACCUCCUUGGAACGAUGGAAAUGUUGGAUAGAGUGAUUUUGGUGGUGACUCUCCUGCUUAUGCAUUUGUCAAACUCCUCAGACCGUGCAUUUCAGCGGGUCGGUUUUAUCGUGUGUAAAUCAUACCUCCCCGAACCUGAUUCAAGUAUAAAAACGGUGGGCCGCAGAGGGUAGAAAGUAGGAUGAUCUUGGCUGCUUCAUUGCAAAAGAGACAGAAGAGACGUGAGGGAAGGGAGGGCCACGCUGCUCUCUGGGAGAAGAGGGUGACAGGCAGGGGACAGUCCAUGCUGAAGUCCCCAGGCGAGGAGCACUCAGCCUUGCUGGAGGAACUAGCAAGGAGACGUGUGGCUGACGCGGAGUAAGAGACACGGCUGUGGAUGGCUCAGACAGGCACUGGGGGGCAGGGGUGUGUUAUGGAGGGCCGCCUAGGGCUCAGGCUGUUUGUGGUCUGAGCGCAAGGGGUCCCUGGGGGCUCUGUGCUGAGCAUUUGCGAUCCGAAUGGCUGCUGUGUCCGGAGCGGUCUGGGGCCAGGACCAGCUGGGAGGCCCUUGUACCAAUCCAGGCAGAGCUCAGACCAGCAUGGUGGCGGUGGCAGUGUUGAGAAGUGUUUGGAUUGGGAUAUAGUUCAAAGGUAGGGCCAAGAAGAUUUCCUACUGGGUUGGAUGUGGGGUGUGUGUGAGGGAGAGGGGAGGCAGGGAGGACGCCAAGCGUUUUGGCCUGAGCGGCUGGGAAUCCGGCCGUCCCCCACCCCCAUCCUCCACGCCGUGGGGACCGGUUUCACUGUCCCCUAGGUCCUGUGGCUGAAGUCAAGACAGAGACAGAGGGGAGUGGCUCGGCCCUGCUCCUGGCUCUGGGGUUCAGGGGAUGGGCUGCACAUGCUGGUUAUUCUAUUACUCUUUAUUUAUUAGCCUUAUUGGCUUCUGUCAUUUCCUCAUUGCCUCGUGUCUGGAGAGAAGACUAUAAAUGUGAUGGAUUGAUACAGGAUACAGGAGGCCCAAUUAUCUCUGUGAAGCCGGCCUCUCUUCUUGCUCAAGCCCUCCCGGCCCUCAGCGGUUCUGCGGCCCUUCCCGCAGCCGGGCACGCAGAGCCGGCCUGGUGCCUGGCAUUCCAGGAAGAGGGGGUGCAGCCUGGGAGGGUGAGUGGCCGACAGAUGGUCCCCCAGGAGAUACAGCUCCAGGAGCCGGUGCUGGAACAGCAAGCUCGGCCCCCUGGCUGGUUGCACCUAAGAUCCCAGCUCCCGCUCUCCGAGGCUCUGCCCGCAGAGGCUGGGCACGGAGCAGGGUAGGAGGACAGGACAUACCGCCUGCCCGGCCAGCCCACAUCCGGGGAGGGGGGCUCCGUGUCACUCGCACGCCUCUCUGGAAUCUGAGCCAGUCCGUCUCUCCACAAAGGCUGGGAUGAUGGGGCUUUUCUCUCCGGCAGCAGGUGCCUGGCAGCCGCCCGGGGAUGCCAGCCCCGUGAGCUGGCACGGGAGGAAGUGCUUGUCCGGGGGAUCGUCAUCCGUGCUAGGCUUGAACUGGCCCAGCCCCCGCCCCUGCCGUUCAGACUGACUUGGGACACCUGCAAGAGAGGGGUGCCUCGGGCAGUGUCCCCAUGGUCCCCCCCGGGGUUCCCCAGACAGAACUCAGCAGCACCAACCUUUGAGAGUAAUAUCUGAACAAAGGCCCUCGGCCAACCCCUCUGGCCUGUCUGCCUGCCUCUGUUCGGGGAAUGU